CAUCAUUUACAUAUGAGUUUUUUUUUCCAAAUUACUCAUUGUACAUUUUUAUAAUAGUCUCAUGCGAUGAUUGCCCUUUCCUAGCGAUUUUUCUUUCGCUUUCGAUGGGACGCACAUAUGGACUUCAUCUGAAAGGGAACGCUAGGUCAGGGCCACUUCUGUCCGAUCCUGAAUCCCGAAUUAUGUAGUAGGCCUCUCGUGUCAGGACCAGUUAAAUAAAGUUUUGUUUUUGUAAUGUUGCCCUUUUCCAUGUUAUCCAGCGUAGAGCUAUUGUUUCUUUGCGAGUAUCACGCGCAGUCGCAGGCAGAGCUUUUGCCACCAAGAGUUCCAUUCCAAGAUCAAAGCUCCCCACCUUUUCUCAUGGCCAUGGCGGCACCACGCGUCCUAGUCCUGCCUUACCCCGCGCAGGGCCAUGUCACCCCAAUGAUGGAGCUCUCCCACUGCCUCGUCGAGCACGGCGUCAAGGUCACCUUCGUGAACACCGAGGCAAACCACGGUUUGAUUCUUGGUGCCUUGGCGACCGGAGACAGCGAAUUCGGCGGGGUCGACAUGGUGUCCAUACCGGACGGCCUGGGCUGCGGCGAAGACCGGAAGGAUCUCGCCCGUCUCACCGACUCCUUCUCCAAGUUCAUGCCCGCCGAGCUGGAGAAGCUCAUUGCCAGCAUCAAUGCCGACGAGCAAGAGCGCGAGAAGGCCAGCUGGUUGAUUGCCGAUGUGAACAUGGCGUGGGCCUUCCCCGUGGCGAAGAAGCACGGCCUCCGGACCGCCGGGUUCUGCCCGUCGUCGGCGGCGAUGUUCGCGAUGAGGAUCAAAAUUCCUGAGAUGAUAAGCGACGGCGUUCUCGACGAGAGAGGCUGGCCCAAGCGGCGCGGCACGUUCCGGCUGGCUCCGGCGAUGCCGGCCAUCGACACGUCGGAGUUCUCGUGGAACCGCGCCGGCGACGCCAAGGGCCAGCCAAUCAUCUUCCAGCUGAUCCUCCAGAACAACGCGGCCACGCACCUGGCCGAGACCAUCGUCUGCAACUCCGUCCAGGAGCUCGAGCCCGGGGCCUUUGCGCUCUUCCCCGGCGUCCUCCCCGUGGGCCCGCUCUCGGUCUCCUCCGACAAGCCGGUCGGCGGCUUCUGGGCCGAGGACGCCUCCUGCGCCGCGUGGCUGGACGCGCAGCCGGACAGCUCCGUCGUGUACGUCGCGUUCGGCAGCCUCGCCGCCUACGACGCAGCGCAGCUAGUCGAGCUCGCCGAGGGGCUGCUGCUGACCUCACGGCCGUUCCUGUGGGUGGUCAGGCCGGGGUUGGCGGGCGAGCACCUCCUUGAGCAGCUCCGCCGCCGCGCCGCGCCGCGCGGGCGCGUGGUGAGCUGGUGCCCGCAGCAGAGCGUGCUGGCGCACCCGGCGGUCGCCUGCUUCCUGACGCACUGCGGCUGGAACUCGACGAUGGAGGCGGUGCGGAGCGGCGUGCCGCUCCUGUGCUGGCCCUACUUCACCGACCAGUUCUUGAACCAGAGCUACAUCUGCGACGUGUGGGGGACAGGGCUGAAGGUCCACCCUCCUCGAUCCAUGGCAUCGUCUCCUCAGCGGCCUCGUGUAAUGAUGCUGCCGUUGGCCGCGCAGGGCCAUGUCAUGCCCCUCAUGGAGCUCUCCCACCUGCUCGUCGAGCACGGAUUCGAGGUCGUCUUCGUGAACACGGACUUCAACCAUGCCCGCAUCAUCACGGCCCUGGAAGGAGCGGCCCCUGCCCCCGUCGGGAUCGACCUGAUCUCCUUCCCGGACGGCAUGGCCCCCGACGGUGACCGCACCGACAUCGGCAAGCUGCUCGACGGCCUGCCGGCGGCGAUGCUCGGCGGCCUCGAGGAGACGAUCAGGUCCAGGAACAUCAGGUGGGUGGUGGCCGACGUGUCCAUGAGCUUCGUGCUGGAGCUAGUCCCCAAAGUGGGCGUGCGUGUCGCCUUGUUCUCCACUUUCUCCGCCGCCAACUUCGCGCUGAGGAUGCACCUUCCCAAGAUGCUAGAGGAUGGCAUCAUCGACGAAACGGGGAAUGUGAAAAGGAACGAGAGGGUCCAGCUAAACCCCAAGAUGCCGGCCAUCGACGCCUCCAAGCUUCCAUGGAUCACUAUUGGCAAGAGCCCCGAGUCACGGAGAGCCAUGAUCCAGAGCGCCAUCACGACCAUCCCGACACUAGCGCUCGCCGAAACUAUUGUCUGCAACACUUUCCAGGAGAUCGAGUCCGUGGCGCUGGCCCACCUCCCCAUACCGGCGGUCGCCAUCGGCCCGCUGGAGGCGCCCAAGUCGACGUCGUCGGCAUCGGCGGCGACUGGCCAUUUCUGGGCGCAAGACGUAACCUGCCUCCGCUGGCUCGACGCGCAGGCUCCCGGCUCCGUCGUCUACGUGGCGUUCGGGAGCCUCACGGUGUUCGACGUGGAACGGCUCCAGGAGCUGGCCGACGGCCUGGUGCUCACCGGGCGGCCGUUCCUGUGGGUGGUCCGGCCCAACUUCGCCUACGGUGUCGGCGAGGGCUGGAUCGACGGGUUCCGGCGCCGCGUCGCCGGCAAGGGGCUCAUCGUCGGCUGGGCUCCCCAGCAGCGCGUGCUCUCGCACCCCUCGGUGGCGUGCUUCGUGACGCACUGCGGGUGGAACUCGACCAUGGAAGCGGUGCGGCACGGCGUCCCGCUCCUCUGCUGGCCCUACUUCGCCGACCAGUUCUUCAACCAGACCUACAUCUGCGACCUGUGGGGCGUUGGGCUGAAGGUCUGCGCCGACGGGAGGGGAAUUGUCACCAAGGAGGAGAUCAGGGACAAGGUGGAGCGGCUGCUUGGGGACGAAGAGAUCAAGGCGAGGACGCUGGCCUUGAAGAGCGCGGCGUGCGCCAGCGUCGCGGAUGGAGGGUCCUCGCAUCAGGAUCUGCUCAAGUUAGUGAAUUUGCUAAGAGAAAAUUAGUCUUCAUGUCAGAAAUGUUUCAGAGUUCAGAGAUUAGGUGGUUAUAUAUAUUCAUCUGUUGCGGAGCCGUUAGAAAAAUAGAAGUGGGUGUGCAAACAUGUUAGGAGGACCAUGUGUCAUUGCAUUGUUUUCGGCAACAAAAAAAGGAUUCUUUGCAUUUUAAACUGUAUCACUAGAGAGCGAGUGCAAUGCAAAAUAAAUGGAGCAAUGGACCAUGUCCUGAAAGCGAGAACGGAUAGCAUCUCUUAAUCUGGCGAAGUGCCAUGACAAGUCCCAGACAAGAAACCAAUUGCUAGAUUGAUGUAAGAAUGGCCGAAUGCUUAAUGCCUGCCAUUUAUACCAACCAAGCAAA